UUUCCCAGUCACAGAAAUCACACCAACUUCUUCCCCAGUUCAGCUCACAUCUCCUUCAGUCCAUUCUGAGGGGCGUCUCUACCCAACUCCAAUGCCUUCCAAACCCUAGCCCUCACCCCUCGGCCCCUCGCUGCCAUGCCAGAUCUGAGCACCGUCUGCCCCGAACUGUCUGCCGACGCCGCCGUGGACCUAGUGGGCGGGGAUGCGGCCGCUGACCCCGCGACGGCAGCGGCGGCGGCGGCGACGGAAUCCUCCUCCGGCGGCGAUGGCGCUCCCAUUAUCCCUGUGGAGUGCCGUUGGAGCGGCCGCGUGCGCGCCUUUGACGUCCAGGGCGCGGUCCCCGUGACCGCCUGCCCCGAGGCGCGCCGCGGCGGCGAGAGGAAGUCGUCCUCUGUUCCGCCCCCUUCGUCCGCGGCGGCCUCACUUGCCCCGGUAUCGGGUCGGGUGCUCGAGGACUAUGUGAACGAGGGCGUGAUCGCUGUCACUGCCGGCGCAGAGGCGCGCAGAGGAGGCGGCCGGAAGAACUCGUCCUCUGCCCCGCUGCCUCCGUCCGCAGCGGCACCAGCGCCGGCAUCUGGUCGGGCGCUCGAGGAGUAUGUGAACGUGGCCUCUCUCGCCGCCUCUCCUGAAGUGCACCACGGCGGCGGUAAGGACUCCUCUGCCCCGUUGCAUUCUGCCGCCACGGCCGUACAUGCGCCGGCACCGGGUGUGAAGCUCGAAGAUUAUGUGAACGUGUGUGCGGUCUCUGCCACUGCAUAUCCUGAGGCGCGCCGCAGUGGCGGAAAGAAGCCGUCCUCUGCCCAGCUACCUUCGGCCGUGGCGCUGCUGCCAGCAGCAGCGCCGGCACCGGAUCUGAUGCUAGAGGACUAUGUGAACAAGGGUGUGGUUUCUAUCACAGCCCACCCUGAGGUGCGCCGCGGCAGCGGGAAGAGGUCGUCUUCGGCUCGUUCGCCUUUAUCUCCGGCAGCAACGGUGCUGGCGCUGGCAUCGGGUCGGUCACUCAAGGACUAUGUGAAGGAGUGGGAGGCGAGGAAGGUGGCGUCAGGUGCCUCCCUGCAGCAUUGUGUGCUGCCAUUCCUCACUGGUGCGCCCAAGGCGGUUGAAUGUCGUGUGUGCUAUAAGAUUAUCCAUCCCUUGGAAGAAAUAAAAUGUUCAGUUAGCCGUUGUGAACAAAUGUUCCAUCUGACCUGUGUGGUGGAAUAUACUGCAAAUUUCACUGCCGAAAGCUUCAGGUGCCCUCAGCAUGGUUGCAUGGUUUGUAAGCAAAAAAUGUUUUUUUGGCGCUGUGGACGUUGUACAGUUGCAGCACAUACAAAAUGUGCACCAUGGCCUCUAAUUCAUCUAAAAGAUGACCAAGGAAGUGCAAUUUGCUGGAGGCACCCUUCCAAUUGGCUCCUUCAAAAUGAGAAUGCUGACCUGACAAACAACAUAGAGGAAGUCUUCUGCCGACUACCUCUUCCAUAUGUUAAUGAAGAAUUCAAUAUUGAUUCAACCAUUAGGAAUUUCACGGCGAUUGUUUGUAAACCGCCCUCGUACACACAUAUCAGGCGCAAUGUAUAUUUAGUCAAGAAGAAACGCGCCGAUUCGAGUGCCGAGACUGGGUGCACAAAUUGCAAAUCGGAUUCUGUUUGCAAAGAUGAUUGCGAAUGCAGGGGUCUUUCUAUGAGUUGUUCCAAGAGUUGCCACUGCUCAGACCUGUGUAGCAACAAGCCAUUCCGCAAGGAUAAGAAAAUUAAAAUUGUCAAGUCAGAAGGUUGUGGAUGGGGUGCUGUUGCAUUGGAGCCAUUGGAGAAAGGUGAUUUCAUAAUUGAGUAUGUGGGUGAAGUCAUCAAUGACGCAACAUGUGAACAACGGCUUUGGGACAUGAAGCGGCGCGGGGACAAAAAUUUCUACAUGUGUGAAAUCAGCAAAGAUUUUACAAUAGAUGCAACUUUUAAAGGAAACACUUCACGUUUUCUAAACCAUAGUUGUGAUCCCAACUGUAAACUAGAAAAGUGGCAAGUUGAGGGUGAGACAAGAGUUGGUGUUUUUGCCUCUCGUUUCAUUGAAGUUGGAGAGCCCUUAACUUAUGACUACAGGUUUGUGCAUUUUGGAGAGAAGGUUAAGUGCCAUUGCGGAGCAAAGAGUUGCCAAGGAUACUUGGGCAGCCAACUAAAGAAUCCAACACAGAACGCUCUUGCGGCUGCGGCGCUUGAGAAUAAGUUGCUCGUGCAACAGGGCGGCUGCUCUCCUUCAAGGGUCAAAACAGAGACUCGCCUGUUACCCUGGACCAACUGUAUAGAGGUUCCCUUUAACUUGAGAAGCAAAACGAAGAUAGACCGGAUAUGUUGGGGACACAAACGGCAGCGGACGUCCCUUUUAGAUCCAUCGUCAUCUUCAGCUAGCGUGCAGCCAUCAGAUAUUGAAGCUGGUGCAUUCAUUCUAUAGAGCUUUUCGGCUAAGCUGAAGUCCUGAGUCGCUUCUGUAUAAAUAUAUCAUGACGAUACACUCGUAUAUGAGUUCAUUUGAAACGAUUCUUUCACAUUUGCUGAUUCAGGACUUUUACGGUGUUGUAAGUUGUAACAUUUUCUUCAUCCCAUAGUCAAUUUUAUAGUUGAAGUUGGAGAGAACACUCUGAAUCUUUUGCAAGUUGUAAGCAGGCUUGAGCUGAUUGUGUUUAUUAACCUCCCGUUCAUGCGAA